AUCUCCAGAAACUGAGGGCUGCUGUAGACAAACGGCAAACAAAUGGAGAAGAGGAGGAAAUGGAUGUAGACUUUGAAAGCUCUGAGUUGUUACGUCUGAUGGCCAGACACUCUGAGCUGUCGGAUCUUCUUCAUGCUCAUCAGCUUAUUGGCGGAUAUAACGCUGUUAAAACCCGAAAAGGUCAAGGCAUGUGCUUCACUCUCACAACUGUGUACGAUGGUGUGUAUUUGAGCUCCUACAACCUGGAGAUGGAUGUGAAGCCUAGAGUGAGGAUCAGUCGCCAUAACAUCCCCCCCUUCAUUCCUCUGGAUGACCUCGCCACGAAGAGCAACUUGCAGACAAACAUCAGGGCUUUUCUGGACACGGUCAGCCAGCAUCUCAAUGCGUACGAAGGACGCAAGCAGCAGCUGAAUCUUGUUAAGGUGCCACAAUUUUUGUUUUUCGUCUUUAAUUCGACCGUUUUAGAGUUAAAAACAGGUUAAGAAUAUGAAUGGAUGAAAUAAUAUUGUCCUGAAACCUUGAACCAUCAUUAUUUUUAUUGCGCUUUACUCAAAUAAAUCCUUAAUAUUGUCGUAAAGAAUAGUAGAGAGCAAAAGUCGCUGCAUAAACUGGUAUUGAAUGACGCUGUAUAAUUCUUUUAAUAAUUAUCCAGCAUCAUUGCAAAACUUUUACCAAUUUAAGAUUCAAAAAUCUCUUUGGAAAUCUCUUAAGUCCCUCAGUAGGUUUGUUUUUUUGUGUUGAA